GAAAAGGAGCGAAGUGCCUGUUGUCCGUCACUAAAUAUAGAGAGAAGAUGUCGACGACGGGCGAGUACGACUGCGUAGUGAUCGGGGCCGGCGUCCAGGGCUCGUUCGCGGCCUAUCAGCUGGCCAAGAGCAACCAGAGGACCAUUCUGCUGGAGCAGUUCGUCCUGCCCCACACCCGGGGGAGCUCCCAUGGCCAGACCCGCAUCAUCCGCAAGGCCUACGAGCAGGACUUCUACGCCCACAUGAUGGAGGAGUGCUACGAGCUGUGGGCUCAGCUGGAGAGGGAGGCAGGCGUCAAGCUGUACAGACAAACAGGACUCCUCGUGAUGGGACCAGAGAACAGUCAGAAAUACCAGCAGUUUAAGAGCACCCUACAGAGGAACAAGGUUCCUAUGGUGACCCUGACCCGUGACAACUUCAGCCAGCACAUCCCCCAUGUCAACCUGGCUGAGGGAGAUGGAGCAGUGGUGGACAUAACCGCUGGAAUUCUCUACGCCGACCGUGCACUCAAGACUGUACAGGGGCAGUUCCAGAAGUUGGGUGGGAUCAUAAGAGACAAAGAGAAGGUGACCGACAUCGAGCCCGGCCCUGUUGUGACAGUGUCAACCACUGCUGGUGUUUAUCGCGCCAAGAGUGUGGUGAUCACCGCUGGACCCUGGGCUAAUAGACUGCUAGCCCACACUGGCUUACAGCUGCCUCUGGAGGUGGUGAGGAUCAACGUGUGCUACUGGAAGGAGAAGGUUCCUGGAUCAUACGACGUGAAGCAGCGUUUUCCCUCCUUCAUACUUACCGAGGGUGAGGAGUCUAAAGAUGACAUCUACGGCCUCCCCUCCAACGAGUACCCAGGCCUGAUGAAGAUAUGCCACCACAUGGGCAGCGAGACGGACCCGGACCAGAGGGACAAGCAGACAGACAGGUCUGACAUCGACAUCCUCCAGCGCUACGUCGCCCGCUGUUUUCCCGGCCUGCUCCCUGAACCCGCAGUCGUGGAGAGCUGCAUGUAUACGCUGACGCCUGACCGUCAUUUUGUGCUGGACUGCCACCCCACCUACGGUAACAUUGUGAUUGGAGCUGGAUUCUCAGGUCACGGCUUCAAGUUUGGACCAAUCGUGGGCAAGAUUCUGUGUGAACUCAGCCUGGGAGAAGUGCCCUCCUAUGACCUUUCACCCUUCCGAAUCAGACGCUUCCAGGCAAAGACCAAGUCGGCUUUAUAGAGCUGUUGCUGGAGCAUCAACAGAUCAUCAAGAUGUCUUUUAUGAUUGUAACUAAUAAUUUGCGACUGUCAUGCUGAUUUAACACUAAGUGGUAAGACACAAUGACACAGUGGCUAAGCACUGAUCAAAGAUCUUAACUGUUUCGACUAAUCAGUAUAUGUAUAUAUAAGUUAUAUACCUGUAUACACUACCGUACUUUCUCGGGACUCCUCAUGAAGUAGACACUGAUUCUUUGCUGCAUGUGGAGCUACAGAGCUUGGAUAUUCAGUCGUUACAGCCGUGUAAAUAAAGAUGGACAAAUGCGUCUCCACCUUC